UGAUAUGGAUGGUUUUUCAUUCUAUUGCAAAUUUGUAUGAUGGUGUUCAUAGAUGAUUGGUUAUUGCAACAGUCUUUGAUAUGUAGUCUGUGGAAAAUCAAAUACAUAAUACAAUGCAUUAUGUCUCAAUCUCAGUCUCAAUAAUAAUGCGCAGGGCGCUAAUGAGCGCAUAACACGCAUACUCCGUUUUCUUGUCAAAGCAAAGAUGCACUUGAGUUGUGAGGUGAAAAUUGGCUGAAUGCAGCAUGUUGUAUUUCACAUGAUUAGCGUCACAAUCUGUCAGUUAUCAAAUGAUUAUCAUCGCCAAUGUAGCCUGUCGUCAGUCGUCACGUAUCUGUGAAACAUGUCUUCGCUUUGACCAAAAAAGCUGAGUAUAGUCGUCUAGCCUUUGCACAUAAAAUCUAGAGCAUUUUUGUUCAAAAGAAUAGUUAUUAUUCCAGUUUUUCAGGAUUGAUAGGAUCAAGAAAGCAAGUUGAUGGCUAAAUGGCAGACAAUAGAGCUUUAAGCCUUAAAGUUUUUGAGAUUCUUUAGUACUUGUUUAUUUUAUGUUUAGUGUUUUUUCUUGUGCAUAGAUUUGCAAAUUUGUGAAAUGAUACAGCAAGCUUGUGACUGUAAAAUAGAAAACACAUAAUAUGUUAUUAUAAGAUAGAUUAUGCAGUCUUACAGAAAACUUAUGAGAGCUAUUGAAGAUAAUUGUGUUAAGAUCUAAUUUACUGGACUGAUUUUAGAUACUUUGUAGUAAGACAGUGCUCUUAAACGUGAUUUGAUAUUUCUCUUUUAUUUUAGCAUGGGUAAGUCUAUAAGGGCAUUCAUUUUGAACUGUUUCUUGUGACUAAAGAGUAUAGUGUAGAUGUUAUUUUCAUUGCAUUUCCCAACCGCAAAAAGAAACUUGUUCUUUAACCUUUAGCCUUAGUGUCUAAAAUCAAUAUUUUCUAGGAUGGGCCAAGGACCUUUUGUGAAUCUUUCAUUACUGAGAGUGAGUGUCUUGAAAGUAUUUUCAAUCACAUUCCAUCCUAUUCAGCUUAUAAGUGUUAUUUUUACGUUCAGCAUUAUUAAACUUCUCUAAGAUGUUUUGGUUGAUGAAAAAUUUCUCUUGAGAAUAUUGAUGCUUAGCUUUACAUAUUUCAUGUUUUCUUUUUUCAUGAUAAAAGCUAUGUCAACUGUUCUUUGAUGUUCUUACUGUUAUUAGAAUAUGUGAUUAGGAUCCCUGAUAUGAUUGCAAUGAUAUGAAUUAUAAAGGAAAUAAAGAUAGCUCCACCAAAAAAGUGAGAUGAAUUCUGUGAAUAUAUGAUCCAAUUAAAGUCAGAUUUUAAUUACCAUAUGCAAAUAAGAAUUAAUAAGUUCUCAUAUCAUUACCUUGGGAAGGGCAACUUGGGCCAGACACCUGCCUUUUCCAGUGUGGUAAGGUCACAUCUAAGCCAGUAUAAGACUAUGGAGUGCAACGGAACUAAUGAUCUAUCAGAUCUUGUGCUCCUUUACACCAAAGAUGACUUUACGUACAAUACAAGUAACAGCCACAAGCAGGAGGUUUCAUCUGGCUUCGAUACCCUGCUGAAGCGUGGCUGGGAAGCAGCCAUGGAAGCAGGCAUAUUCAACUAUAAGGUUGAUAAUGUCGAGACCAAAAUUAUACCAGGAAAAUACCACAUAGUGGCUCAGAUGAAUGCAAAUCGCUUUAAAUUAAGAAGGAAACCAGAUGAGAUAGUAAGCGUCGUGCAGCCAUUUGAUCCGAAAAAGUUUAAUUUUACGAAGAUUAAGAACGAAGAGAUAUUAAUGAACCUUCAUUAUGGCCUGUCUAAUGAAGAGGAAGAAAAGGUACCUCAGGACCUGAAGUACGAUUUAGAAGCAACUCUCUUGAUCAACAAUGCACCAAUCUGCUAUGGCCACAGUCUUUUGGUGCCUUUCUUGGAUGAGUGUCGACCGCAGGUACUGGACUACGAGAGCCUGAUCAUAGGCAUCCAUUCUGUCUUAUUGUCAAACACGCCGAAUUACCGUUUAGCUUUCAAUUCCCUGUGUGGAUAUGCAUCUGUCAACCAUCUUCAUUUCCACCUCUAUUACCUGCCACACCGAUUGUACCUAGAGGAUGCGGAGUGUGAAUUGCUAGCUGGGCCUUGCUAUGUCUUUAAGGAUUAUCACUCUCCUGGAUUUGUGUUCUUUCUUAAAGAUGGAGCUAUUGAGGAACUAGCAAGAAACUUAAUGAAGAUUACAAAGAUGUUUAUUGAGAAAGGAGUAGCUCACAACAUGUUUGUGACUCGAGGAGUGUCUCCAAAUGGCAAUAUAAAGGGAGAUACUUUUGACACUAUUCGAGUGGUUGUUUGGGCGCGAAAGCCUGCUUAUGGCAUUAAGGACGUGUCUGUAUUUGCUCCAGCUGUUUGUGAGCUAGCAGGACAUGUACCUGUUUACUCUCCUGCACACUGGGAGAACUUAAAAGAGGAAGACUUCACCAAGGUUGUCAACUUGGUAUCUGAGGAAACAUUCCAAGCUUUCAAACCCAAAGUUGCAGAGCUAUUUUCAACAUCUGAACCAUCCACCUGACUUCCCAGUGGAAAAAAAUAUAUAAUAUGAUGAGCAACUUGUGUUUUUUGUGUACAGUUAGCCCUCCAUGUUCAGUGUACCCUCGUUGUUUCGCAAAUAUUGGGACCAAAGAGUGCCAUGAAUAUAAUAGAAGUGGAAUCAUGUUCUGAUUUCACCGGGCUUUCAGUGUGAAGUAGAGAAUGUAGAUGCACUUUAUAGCUACUUGUAAGUGGUAAUAAUUCAUGGCAUUGCCAAGUACAGUCCGUAAAAAAAUAAUUAAAAAUUAACAAGGAAUCAUGAAAUGGCAUGGGUCUGCCCCACAAAGUUGUUUUCUUAUAUACAUUUCAACUUGCUGUUCAUGGAGCUCCUUCCUCCUUUACAUAUGGAGCUGAAUGAUUUGCAGGAGUAAGAGCACAUUGAUCCACCCAUUUCCACACAACACAAAUCCACUUCUUAAAAAGAUUACCAAUCCACUGAUGGCACAGGCAUAAAGACCCAUUCACAAAUAAACAAUAGUGUUGUGGCUCAUUCUUUGAUUCACAGUGUUGCUGUGUUCUGAUCAGGAAUGGAAAGAGGUAAACAUACAAUCAAUAAUAAUGACUGACAAAAAGUAGUUCUUGAGGAAUAUUGGUUGUGAGUGAAACAUUGAUUAUUGGUAGCCAGAAUUUGUAAUGUUUGCAAUUAUUUUAAUUGUGCACCUUCUGAUUAUUUUUAUCUGAUAUAAACACUAAUUUCCUUUUUAUGAUGUUCAGCAUAAUUUGUUUUACCUUUUUAUCUUUUCAGUCAAUUAAAAAAAUUUUCUGUCCGUUUACAGUGAAAAAGUACAAUUCUUUGCUGUAAUAGUCUGCAGUGAAUCUAUUUUACUAAUAAUCAUUCUUAAAUUAUCAUUGUCAUUUUUUAUCAUUAUUAUUGUUAUUGUUAUUUAUAUAAUCAUUGUUCCUGUUAUUCUUGUUAAUACCAUUGAUAGUAACUGCCCCACACCAUGUGUCAUUGCAGGCUGUUUUAUACAAAGUGACAUGGAACCAAACACAGUAACUGUAUCUAAAUGUUAUUGAUCCCUCUCAUGAAUGUGUAGCAAGUAGUUUCAUGUGAUACUUAUUAUUGCUUAAUCACUUCUUAUAGAUUUUGGUAUAUAUUUGUGAUUUAGAUACGCAAUAUGUUUUAUAGUAAUGUAAACACAGUGCAGUAGGAGGGCUGACUAUUUUUUUAUUGUAUUUAAUGACCAAGUAUUUAGUCUGGAUAUAUAUAGGAAAGUGAGUGUAUAUACAUUUAUCAUAGGUUUUUAAUUUAUUUAUUUAAUUCAAAUGCUAGAUAUAUUUUUAAGUAUUUCAAUGAUGGAAUGUUUUGUAAGCCUUUGUGACAACGAAAGCUUUUUUUUCUUGUUUUUUUUUAUUAUCCUGUGUGUCAUUUCUGCACACUGAUGUAUUGUGAUGACUUUUAGAGUAAAGACUUCACUUAAAGUUAA